AUGUCCUCAUCCGUGGACACAUUUCAGAGGAAGCUUGACCAGUACAGAACAUGUACCGCCACGUCUUUAGAAACGAACAAAUUUCUCCCCUUGUACAACCCAGAACUCCAUACCUCACAAGGUAUGCUACUCCCUAUAUUUAAGUAACAUCAUUUUAUACUUUUUCAGUUAAGUUUCUCCAUCAGACGUCUGUAUGCAAACCAAUGAAUCCUGUUUGAAGCAUAGUGUGACGGCAGGUCGGCCUUGAAAUUAUUCGGAAAUUGGAAAGGUUUCUUAAAACCCCCCCUUCAAGUACUCAAUUUGAAGAAGUCGUAGUUUUCUUUCAAAUGAGCAAAAGAAUAAAUAUUUUUAUGCCUACUUUCUACGAAAUGCGUUUAAACUUAUAAGGGGAUCAAAAAUCAAUGAGAGAACUCCAUACUUCCCAAGUAGUCUGUUUAUAGAAUGCAGUUUUUGUAGACGGCCGGUAAGUAGUUCGUUCAUAAGCCGGCACCCUGAAGUAACUGAAUUAUCUUGGGAUUAUGCUACACGGUGAUUAAUAUUACAACCCUGCUUAAGCAAACUUUUCGAGUCGAAAACGAAUUUCGAAUUCCCGCUAAGAUUGCAUGAGUUAACACAUGUAGUGUAUGUAAGAUGCAGUCACUAUGUCACUGUGUGCCUGUCAAAAUGGUGCGGCACCCGCACUUUGUGGCUGCACGUGAUGCCGUAAUGGCUUAAUGGAAAAGUCAAGUUGAUAAACACUUAGACAAUCCAAAGAUCCCCCGUCGUUAAAGGAACUCAAUGGAUUCCUCAAGUUUGACGCCAUACUUGCGGAGGCACAUGUGACGAGCAAAUGCUUAUCAGGAUGUAUUGAACGGGGCGAAUAUCCCAAAUACUACUGGAAAACCUUACGGAGAAAUCAUAUCGCCGUAGUAUUUAAAUGCCAGUCUCUCGUGGUUUUCAGGGCGGUCGAGGGCCACUGUUCUCGGACACAAGUUCCGGUGGACUUCUUUAAUUCCGGCAUUGACCGUCUCAAGGUGGCUUUCUGCAUGUCGUUUUAGUGCAGUUGAUGAGGGAAUUAAAGAACUCCACCGGAACUUGUGUCAGAGAACAGUGGCCCUUGACCGUCCUGAAAACCACGAGAGACUGGCAUUUAAAUACUACGCAGAGGCAGUCAGAAUUAAAAGAAUGGAGGCCAGGUGGACUAAGCCCCUACGAAGCGUCCAGUCAGUAGAACCUCAGACCGUCCUUCCGAACAAUCCGGAACGGUACACGCAUAACUAUUCUUCAGUUCGUCUUGAGAAAGCUCUCGAAGAGGUACUAGCUGUUGGCCCUUCGUUUUGUAUUGCACGGCGGUUGCCGAAACAAUUAGAGCUAGAAAUACAAUUUGAGAGUCUCUUUAGUCAGACUACAGAGCUAAAACCUACCGAUCCUAAAGAAGUUGAUUGCAUUACGUCGGCUCUAGUUAACUGCUGCCAACAGCAUCUAAGGAAGGCUCCGAAAAACAAGAGUCCCAUGACAAGGGCUCAUAUUGAUAGCCUCAGGGAACUUCGGAAAAGCAAAGACAUUGUGCUAACCAGGCCACCUUUUCUAGGCCCUUCCCCUCAUGGGGGCAGGCAGUGCCGCCCCUGAAUCGGGCUGCCCAUGUGCCUGGUUGGCGCGACCGAUCCCACUAUGGGGCCACGACUUUUAUGUUCGUAGUGGAGAACGACCGCAUAUGCCGUGAGUCCGCGGUCUCCGUCGGUGAGGGUGGGCGCGUCUCAGCGAAGGCGAUGCGGAGACCCGUCCCGGCAGCAGUUAUCCAACGGCGUACCAGGCAGAGCCUUGUCUCGACGAUGCCGGCGCAGUGUUUCAUCCGACCAUCCAUCCAGCGGAGUCCGCAGUACACUGUGCAAGCGGCACAAGCGCACAGCGCCCUCACCUGGUUUAGCCCGCCGGUCGAGACGGUUGCCCGGGGUGUGGCCGCUGAGCAGAGCCCAGCUACGUGGAGCCACAGGUGAGAGUUGGGUGCCAGCGAAUGGACGCUAGGCGUAGUCUCACCUGCAAGCAAGUGAGCGACCACUACGACCAUCACGUGAACCCACCGCUGACACCCCCUACACCCCGUGCCUAUAUAUACAUACAUAAAUAGAUACAUAAAACACAUUUCGGUAACUCGUUAUUAUCGAGACACUUGUAUAGAAACCGACGUUAAGCAUACGUAGAAGGCACUCAAAGGGCAAAGGUUACCCAUCGUGUGACCCACUGGAAGGCGUCGCGUCCAUAAAUCUCGCUAUAAAAGUGAGGAGGCGGGUUCUACGAAGCAGUCACGAAGGGAACACAAGCGAUGGAGAAAAAACUUUCCCGCGAAUGGAGCUCGUGUUCUACCGAUCCCCUAUCCCUUUAUGACUGCAUCCCAGACCACAUGUUCUAGUCUCAAUCAACGCGACCGGUCUAGGAAGCAUAGCCGCCGCCGCCGCCGCCGCCGCCGCCGUCGCCGCCGCCGCCGCCACCACCACCACCACCACCACCACCACCACCACCACCACCACCACAUCUGCCUCUGCUCACGACCUUUUCAAACUGAGUUUCGGUUUUCGGCAAAUUAUUGUGCGCAUUUGA